CCUCACGGCCAUGUUUCUAUAUAAAGCGCCCCCAAAGUAUCACAUGGUGUACACCCCCACAUCUAUCUAAAACCCACUCCUCAUCUUCUUCUUGUGCUCUCUACCUGCUACCGCGAUCAUGGCGGCGCUGCUGGACGAGCUCGCGUCCAAGCUGGUGGGCAUCCUGGCGGGCAUGGUGAAGAAGAAGGUGGAGAUGCUCCUCGGCGUGCCAGGCGAGAUGACCAAGCUCGAGACGACGCUCCGUGACCUGAGCCGCAUCUUGGCAGAUGCUGAGAGGAGGCGCAUCCGCGACCGCGACUCGGCUACAGAGGGUUGGGUGAAGGAGCUCAAGGAUGCCAUGUACGACGCCGAUGACGUCCUUGACCUCUGUCAGCUCAUGGAUGGUGGGGACGAUCCUUCCACACCAAUUUCUGCUCCAAAAAACUCUUCAAGGUGGUGCUGUGAAAUCCCCAAGAUGUUCUUUUGCUUCCGCAACCCUGUUGUGGCCCAUGAGAUUGGAAGGAAGAUCCAAGCGAUCAACCAACAGCUAGAGGACCUUGCGAGGCGGAGCUCCCGCUUUGGAUUCAUCACACAAGCCAUCAACUCCUCCGGUGAUGCCAUCAACAAUACUUCAAACUUUUCGUCGAGCAACACUGGAUCAGUUUUUAUCCAAUCUGAUGUUGUUGGAGAGAAGAUUGAAGAGGACAAGAAGAAAAUUGUGGAUAUGCUCAUCAAGAAGAAGGAUGCUUCUGUUGGAUCAAAGGGCAACAAUAAUGAUGUGGUUGUGGCUGUUGCUAUCACAGGCACAGGUGGGAUAGGCAAAACCACUCUUGCUCAGAUGAUCUUCGAUGAUACUAGGGUGAAGGAGAACUUCGAGGAAAGGAUCUGGUUGAGCGUUAAUCAAGAUGUCAAUGAAAUCAAUGUUCUUCAAACUCUUCUAGCUUAUUUUGGUUCCAAACAUGAAGGUUGUGCUGGAAACAAGAACUUACUUGAGGUUACUUUGGUAGACACGAUCCGGCAAAAGAAGAAGUUUUUGUUGGUGAUGGAUGAUGUGUGGAGUGAAAAGGUGUGGUAUGGGCUGCUUAGAGCGCCACUCAGUCAUGGUGCUCCUGGCAGUCAAGUAUUGGUUACCACAAGAAAUGCUGGAGUUGCUCUUGGAAUGAAAGCUCAACAUCUCCAUCGAGUUGACAAGCUACAACCAGAGGAUGCUUGGAUUUUGCUAAAGAACCAGGUAGUUGUGAAUGAGAGUGAUGAUGAAGCCUAUGUUGAUGGAUUGAAGGGUAUCGGGAUGGAAAUUGUGGAAAGAUGUGACUGCUUGCCCUUAGCAAUCAAGGUCCUUGGAGGACUCUUGCGCCGCAAAAGCAGAACAAGAGAUGCUUGGUUGCAUAUUAGUAGCCACGACAUGUGGUUGACAACCGAAAUCAAUAAAGAUAUUAAUAAAUCUGUCUAUUUGAGUUAUGAAGACUUGCCUUCACACCUGAAGCAGUGUUUUGUGUAUUGUUCGCUUUUCCCUAAAGAUCAGUUAAUAAGAAUGGGAGAUAUAGUCCAGCUCUGGAUAGCGGAAAGUCACAUACGUAACAAAAUAGGCUCAAAUACACUAGAGGGUUUGGGGGAAGAAUACUACAAUGAAUUGAUUUCAAGGAAUCUUCUAGAACCGGACAAAGAUACCUAUGGUCAAGAAGCAUGUAGCAUGCAUGACGUUGUCCGUUCCUUUGCUCAGUAUAUAAUGAAAGAUGAAGGAGCACUUAUUGGUGAGGGUUUAAGAUGCUUAUGUCUUUCUGGCACAAGCAUAUCCACGAUCCCUCGAGGCAUAGGAAAUCUAAAAUUUCUAGAAGCCCUUGACCUUUUUGGGUGCACAAAUAUUUCUCAACUCCCUAACAGCAUCUUAGAGCUGCAGAAACUAAGGUCACUCAACUUUAGCGAUACGGCAAUCACCUCGGUUCCUCGUGGCUUUGGAAAGCUAGAAGAAUUGGUUCGUUUGUUGGGGUUUCCAACACAUUCAGACGAUAGCGCAGAUGGCUGGUGCAGCUUACAAGAACUAGGGCCUCUGUCAAAGCUCAAAAUACUGGUUAUAAGUGUUCUGGAGAAGGCACCUUCCGGUUCUAUGGCUGCUAAAGCAAUGCUUAGCAGUAAAUAUCACCUGAUAGACUUAGAUUUGAGAUUUACCAGCAGGCUCGGAGAGAACGGGGAGGUCGAAGACGACAUCAGCGAGGAGGAGCACGAGAGAAUCGAGGAUGUGUUGGCUAACCUAUGCCCUCCGACUCGCAUAGAAACACUUGAAAUCAUAGGCUAUUUUGCACGUGGGCUACCGCAGUGGAUGAGAACCAUGUCAGCCUUUGAGAGCUUAAGGCGGUUGGCGCUGGAUGACUACGCAUGCUGCACGCAACUGCCUAUUGGAUUGGGCCAGCUCCCCUUUCUUGAUUAUUUUUAUGUUGAUCGUGCACCGUCCGUCCAGUGUGUUAGGCAUGAUUUCCUCCACCCCUCCUUUGGCGGUGAAACGGAUGGCCAGGAAGAGGCACCAGCGCUAACAGGAACACAGAACAAAAGGAGGCAGACUCAUCAUAUCUCGCGUGGUGCUGGUGUGGCAUUUCCCAAGCUGGUAACACUAGGUUUUGAGGGCAUGCUGGGAUGGACAGAGUGGGAGUGGGAGCAGCACGUCCCUGCGAUGCCUGCUCUAGAGGAGCUUACUAUCAGGAAUUGUCAACUGCAACGCCUUCCUGCAGGACUUGCACAGCAUGCACACCUGUUGAGAGAGUUGGACCUGAGUAAUAUCCAGCACUUGGUCUCCAUGGAGAACUUCCCUUCACUAGUCAAGCUUUGGUCAUAUGAAAACCCAUGUCUGGAAAGGAUCAGCAACAACCCAAGCUUGCAAUGGAUUCACAUCAGCAAUUGCCGGGCACUAAAGGAAUUGGACGGUCUGCCAUUCCUCCGGAGCCUGGAGUGGUGGGAUUUGGAUGCUGAAGCACUACCAGAAUACCUACGAGAGGCAAAGCUAAAUAAGCUGCGUGUGGAUUGCAGCCCAAGAUUGCUCAACCUGAUGUCAUUACAAGACGACUCCGCCGAAUGGGAAAAGAUACGGCAUGUUCAGCAGGUAAAGGCAUACGGGAAGAGAUAUACUCAAGACAGUGUCGACCGGCACAUCUUCUACACCAAGGAGCCAUGUUCCUUUGAGGCAGUUAUGGGCGAACCCACAGAUGAGGACUGAGGAGGAAGAGGACAUGGCAAGGGAGGAACAGUAGCACUCCAAGUCAAGACGUACACACAUAGCUUGCGGAUGGGUACGACAGGACCAUUCGAUUCCAUCCAACAAUGUGGAUUUUCGUGAUGAAUGAAGAAACUGCGUGUUGGCUGCCUGGCCGUACUGGGAUGCACUUUGUUGGAGGCUGGAACCUAACGCGCAGGAGAAGAAAGGAAAUUGAAGGUUAUGCUGCAACCGCAAUUUGCUGCUGGAAUUUCCUUUCAGGAACUGCCGGCCGGUUCAACGGGCGUCCGGCGAGAGAUGGUUCGAGGAUGAAUCCUCUGAGUGGGGGAAGAUCAAGCACGUCCAACAAUUAAAAGCACAUGGGCACAAGACAGAGGAAGAGGAGGAAUCCGAGCAAUCGUCGCAGGAAGAUGAGGAGGCCAAUGAGGAGGAAGCCGAACAAUCAGAAGAAGCGGAUGCUGACGAGGAGAAACCAACCAAUCAUCAGAAGAUGAAAAGGCCGAGUGGUACAUCUACUGUACCAAGGAGCCGUAUUCCUUCGACGCAUACUUGGGCGAGUCCACAGACGAAGACGAAGAGUAAGCGGUGAAGGAAUAGAGGGCAGAAAUAACAUCUACUAUACCAAGGAGCCGUAUUCCUUCGACGCAUACUUGGGCGAGUCCACAGGAGUAACACAGGAAUAAUGCAAAGAGUAAAUGAAGCUUCAGAUUGCUGCGUGCGACGGGAGCAUUCCAGUUUAGUUCGUGUGCUGCUAUAUGCUGAUGAAGACGAAGAGUAAGAGGUGAAGGAGAGGCCAGAAAUAACAGAGGAAGAAUUCAAUUCGAAACAGUAUAUGAAGCUUCAGGCUGCUACGACAGGAGUACUAUUCCAUUCGGUCCAGCAACAUGGCUUUUUGUUACGGUAGCCAGUAGGUACGUGUACGUAUGAAAUGUCUUACCCGGAACGCUUGGCGAUUGAAACCCAAGAAGGAGAAGAACCCUUUUUGCCUGAGAUCCAACACACACGCGGCUGCUCCGGGCAGCCGUUGCACGCGAGCUGGCAGAAGGCCAGCGGCUGGACGGAGGUCGGAGGCGUGCAGAGGCUACACUACCAAGGAGCCGUAUUCCUUCCACAGAUGAAGAGGACGAGGACUUGGCGACGGAGCAGAUCACGCGAGGGAGCAGCAUGUGAAAGAAUGCAGGGGCAUUCCAAGGAAGAGGAAACUUCAGAGGUUCAGAGUGCCACGAGCCCACGACACGACCACCAUUCUCUUCCAUCCAACAACGACGAGGCUUUUCAUCAGUUCUCAGACUGAAUGACCGGAGCCGUUAUCUGAAGAAUUGACUGUUGGUUGGCAGUCGUGCCGAGCAGUGGGCGGCGGCGCGCGACCUGAGGAGUCCUCGCCGAGCUGGGAGCUGGGCGCCGGGCAGUUCGACGAGCACCUUGGGUGGGACCGCACACAGGGUGCUCUCAGGGCGCGGCGAUGACCACGCGAAGGGAGCCCUCACACACGUCUGGACCCUGUCGUCUCCGCCAUGUUCCGGAUGACGGAAGCAGCCCUGCUCGGCCACGCUGAGGAUACCAGACUGUGGAUCAGCUGUGCCUGCGGAGGCGCAUGGCGGCACUCGUGCCAGAUGUGUUUGGUUACUGGAACGAACAUAUGGCGAGACAGAAACCGGCCUGAACAUGAUCACAAACAUGAUCACAGUAUGGAUGUUACCGUGCGUUUCAUUUUUCAUCUUCUUCUUAUCUUUUAGAAAAGCACCUUUUCUGUGUGGCACCGCACGACUCAAGAGUUCUUUGCUAGUGGUGGUGACGUGUUUUUGCAGAAAAGUGGAAUGCUGAUACUAAUGCUCGAGUGCAAAUGAUUCGCAGCUGAGUUGUUAAUGUGCAGUUCUCUGUCUUUUUUAACUUCAGUUGUACUAGCAAAAAGUCAUAAACAGCUUGCCGAUC